CCUUAUUAGUUUCUUAACGCAACCAAUCUAUUCUUAGGCCUUCAAUAAUUCAGUAUAAGCUUAGCUAAAAGUAGGAGCACUGUCCUAAUGAGUUAAAGUUAGUAAGUGCAAUGAUAUCUGUUGCCGCCAGCAACGUACAUACACGUCAAGGCGAUUCACCACCCUACACAAGAGAUCAGCAGUCUGGCUCAGCAAGGGCAGUAAGUCUGUUGGAUGAAGUUCGCAUGAAUAACCAGGAAUUGUCUGAGCGAGAUGAUGACAACAGGAUGAGGGAUAUGCACGCAGACAGGGCAGACCAAAACAACUCCCCGAAAGUAAUAUCGCACCGUGAGAAUGGAAGUCAUUUAUCUUCUGGUAGCUUAGGAAACUCCCCUUCUGUUAGGGGUAAAGAUCGCCACAGAAGUUACCAUGGCAGCGAUUCGAGAACGGAAUCGCCACCCGAAUCGUUAAAAGUGGAUCAAUCGCGAUCAGAUAUCAAGAAAGGUUCCAGUACCACAUUGGGGAAAUACCCUUCGAGUGAGCUAAAAUAUGAGGGAGUUCCCCGAAGGCAUAAAUCUGAUGGAGACGUUGAAGCUUCACAUGAAACGAUCAAAGACACAACAACGUUAAUUGAAGCACCUACUGAUCCCAUGCUACUUGGAUAUUCGUGUGGUCACCUUAAUAAUGGGGUGGACGAUGAAGAGCCCAACUACCCAGGAAAUUACGGAGCUUGCGUUUGCUGCUCUCGUGUGUCCAUUAAUGUAUCCGGACAAAUAUACGAAACCCAGCUUCGGACGUUGGAGCAAUUCCCUGAAACAUUACUCGGCCAUGCGGAUAAAAGAAGGAAAUUUUACGACAGAAUAAGGGACCAGUAUUUCUUUGACAGGAACCGCCGAGCAUUUGAUGCCAUUCUUCACUAUUACCAGAGUGGCGGUCGCCUACGACGACCAAUGGACAUAUCUGUUGAUGUGUUUGCUGAUGAGAUCAAAUUCUUUCAACUUGGAACCGAAGCAAUGGCUAAGUAUCAAGAGAUUGAAGGAUAUGUGUUUGAUGAUUCAGAAUAUGCAAAGUAUGGGAACGCACUUUCCCCAGCCAUGUACGAGAAAAAGCGAAAAAAACUCCCGAAAAAUAAAUAUCAACGAACUGUUUGGUUGCUCUUUGAAAAACCUGAGAGUUCGAACCCAGCACGUGUUGUUGCCGUCAUGAGCAUCUCCGUGAUCUUCCUUUCCAUCAUCUGCUUCUGUCUUGAGACUGUACCAAGCUUACAGCAUGCAUGGAUAGAUAAACUUAAUGCAAGUCGUCCAAUGCCAGCAGCAGAGACAGCAAGUGAAAUCACCGGUUCUCCACAGUGGGAUGUUACAGAUAAAAAGAAUCUAAUUAUGAGUAACCUUGACCCCAAUGCCAUCAACGCCAGCAAUCCAAAUGUUACGGGUAUCUCAAGUAAGAGAUGGGUCCCUCACUUUACGCAGAACCCCUUCUGGAUUAUUGAAACCAUAUGUAUAUGUUGGUUCACUAUUGAGCUUUCAUGCCGAUUUCUCAGCUGUCCGACCAAAACAAGUUUUUGUUUUGAUGUUUUAAAUAUUAUUGACUUGGUGGCGAUUGUUCCUUACUUUGUAACAACUGCAUCACUAGCUACAGCCACUGAUGAAGCUGAAGACACACAGAAUUCAUCGAAAGGGAUUUCUCUUGCGUUCAUCCGUGUUGUAAGAUUAGUUCGAGUUUUUCGAAUAUUUAAAUUAUCGCGUCACUCCACCGGAUUGCAGAUACUCGGCCAGACACUCAAGUCAAGUUUCAGGGAGUUGGGGCUUCUAUUGUUCUUUGUUCUUAUCGGGGUUAUCUUGUUUUCCAGCGCAGUCUACUUUGCAGAAAUCGACGCUCAGCUUCCAGAAGGCAAGCAAACUUACUUCAAGAGCAUACCAGAUGCGUUUUGGUGGGCUAUAGUAACCAUGACCACAGUGGGGUAUGGUGACAUGCAUCCUAUAACAGUAGCAGGAAAAAUGGUUGGCAGUGUAUGUGCAUUGACGGGGAUCUUAUGUCUUGCGUUACCGGUUCCUGUUAUUGUUUCAAACUUCAUGUAUUUCUACCAAAGAGCUGUGGCCAACAAGACGAGGGACGAUAUGAAAUGAUCAAACUAUCAUUGAACAACCCAAGCAAAGCUAUAUAGAUGUAUAGUUAUACCAAACUACCUAUUCAGACACGCGUACUAAGAUAUUUUCUCACCAAGUAAAAAUGCAGACAUGUUCCAACUGUGAGUAACAUUCUCUUGUUUUGUCAACUAUUUGGUAUAAAGUACCAAGGAUCUCUGGUUCAAAUCCAUGCCAGGGUAGAUGGGCAUAUUUGUAUUAUUAAUUGAACCAAGUUACUGUAUACUACUCACAAUGCAACAAUGUUAAUAUUGUAUCUAGAUUUAUAUUUUAAGGUGUGCUUUCGUUCCCAUACUUAAUCAGAGUAUUUGUGUUUAUUGAACAUUGUAUGCAAUGCUGGUUCUAUUCUGUACUGUUGAGGACCUACAGCGCCACGAUAUAGCCCAGCGUUGGCGCAAUAACCUGGCACUGAUACGAAAUUGCCAACCAUUAAAUGAGCGCAAAGAACAAGGUCUAUAAUCUAGAUCAAAACUUCUGCCAACAGCGAACUUUUAAUGUUGUUAGAAUCCCAGGACAUCAGUUGGUUAAGUGGGUUACGCUGAAUGUCAUUUUUUUGUACUUAUUUAAAUCACCAUCAUGAUUAUCGUGGGUACGUCACUUCACUUGCGCUGACGGAAUGUUAUAGAAAUAUUAAAUAUAUAUAAUACUGUU